AUUAAAAAAUGACCCAGAAAAACAACUUGAUAACUCCGCGCCGUAGCUCCGCGUUCGGUGCGUGGAAGAGCCGCCGCGGCUAGGGCUCCUUAAACCCAUUUUCUCACGCUCUCCGCCACGCUUCGCUCCGCGCCCCGGGAAUUCCUCCGCAAAAGGCUUGUGGUCAUGACGGGUCCUGGCAGGUCCAUGCUGUACUCAUUGCUUCUAUUUGCCAUUAUUCUCUCACUUCUUGAGAUGUACAGAGGGAAAUUGGCAUCUUCUGAGUUGCUGACGAUUUUUGGUGGUUUUAUCAGCUCCCUGUUAUUUCUUGUGCUGCUAACAUUCAUUGGGAAUUAUCAAGAAUCAAGUGGGAUGAAAACAGGGUGGGGUGCUGUUGUACUUGCAGAAAUUGUUGCUCUCAUUGCUGCUAGCACUGUUCAUCGUGUUUGUGUCACAACAUGUUUCUUAUUUUCAGCUGGACUUCUAUACGAGGUUAACAAGCUUUCAGGGAUGAUGCUUUCUAAAAAUGAACCAAAAGUGCGGCGACAUUGAAGAGGUGGCUUGUUGAUUGUUUUUCAGUAUAGUGAGAGCCUGUAAUUCUGCAAAUACAGGGUGUUGUUAAGAUUAGACUCUUAAGCUUUACAUCAUGGAUAAAGAGAUUAUUGAGGAUGAUGACUUUCAUGAAAUGAUGUUUAUUCUGCCUUAUUUAAGUAAUGUGAAAUUGUCUAGAAUAGGUGAGAGAUUACGUACAUUGUUUCUAUGGGUUGAUGCCCUCAUAGAGGAGAGACCAUAAAGUCACGGGUUUUUUCCUUUUAUGAAGAUGAAUCUUAAUGCUUUUUUUUUGUUUGACUAAGUAAUGCCAAGCUUGUGAGUUGAAAAGCUA